AUGAGGAUCCAAUAUGUGGUGUUUUUGAAUGUGGGCGAGACUAAGGUGAACCAGCAGGUUGUUGAAGGGCGAUGCCUUGUGCUGAAUUCUCCUUGGUGCAGCAAUGCAUGCGAUACUGUUGUCCGGAAAGAGGCGGAUGCUACUGUCAUUGAAUCGAGUGAAAUAGUCGCCAGAGUGGAGAAUGGAGAGAUAAUGUAUCUGGAGAGUGUUUAUUGUGUUGAUAGGAAUGUCAGGUUUAUUGAAAUCACGCCAAUGAUGGACAAGCACGACUUUUUUAUUGCAGAAAGACACAUGCUCAGUAGUAUGUCCCAAACCCACAUGAAGAGAAGCGCAUGCGCACAAAGCAUGUUUGCUCUGAGGAAACGACGAAUAUGUAGCUUUGCAAUGCCAGUCAUACUGCACAUUUUCAGGAACCAAAUCAUUCAGGUACUUGCUGAAACACCAUUAUAUGCAUUGGAUUAUAUAAUGCAGCUUUCAGCAGUGACACAGAAAGGCAUGAGCAUAAAAAGAACAUUUGGUGAGUUUCUGAAGGUGUGCUGCAAUGCUCAGAAAGCACUGAUAUCCACAGGAUCGCCGGUUGUAUUUGUAGCAGGAAUGUACAAGAUGCCGAUCUCAUUCUAUGCUUUUGUAUUGUCGUCGGUAUACAGCGGACUUAUAAGCCUCUUGGUAGAUGCAAUCCAACUGUUCAAUAACUGCAGCUACAAUCCACUCAAGAAGCGACGAGACUCAGUAAUGCUCAACACAGACCAAAUAUUCAUGUCUGUGCUUGUUUUUUCGUUCUGCCUUUUGAUUAUACUCAAUAUUUUGUGCUUCCAUGUUCUUUCUGUGCUCGUGAGGAUAUUUCUGGCGCUAUUGGAGUUUUCAAAAGACUUCGUCGACUUUGCUUUUGUCGACACGUCGCAAUACAGCAUGUACAGCCUCGUGAUUCUUGAGUCACAUCCGCAUGUACAGCUCAGAUACAGCAGUGUUUCUGCUUGGAUAAAGAUUGUGUUUGCUCUAAAAGCAAGUCUGCAUGCAUCUGAAAUGUCAAAGCAGAACUUUAUUGCAAAACUAGCUUUUGGAAUUGAAUAG